UUUAUGGCCACGCCCCUAGGCUUGCCUCUGACCAGUCACAGGCCCGGACCACCACCCAGAGGGGCGGAAACCUCCUCAAGGACUGCCCAUAUCUUCCGUGACUGCUAGGAUCAAUGGGGAGAGUUGGGCGAUUCCGGCUCUGCCUGGGGCCGAUUCAAACGGAGAGAGGUGGAGAUUGGCUGAGUCGGGCCGAAGAGAGGAAAUCACGUCGCUAUACGCAGAAGUUAUAUGAUGGGCAGGAGGAAGGCCCCGUGUCCAGUUUUCAUUGAGUAAUUCUGUUUAGACUUCGGAAUCGUGAGGAUGGGAGGAGAGGUCGUGUACGAAGAGGUCGUAUAGUCUUCGGUAGGAAAAUAGAAGUUGUGUGAGGAGUAAUUGUGAACUGCAGCUCAAACUAGUUUGCGCCAGCGGGUGGAAUUAAAAAUUAGUUGGCCAACGGCUCAAGCCGAAAGCACUAGAGAUCAUCAGGAGGCCAGGUUUUGAUCAUGUAAUUCCCUAUACCACCAGUAAAAUAGCUGAAUUUAAUAGCGUAAUAGUAAUACAAAUAAUUGAACGACAACGAUUUUUCACUGGAUGUUAAUAAAGACCCAGUGGGCGGAGCGCUCUGUAGCGACAGACACACCUUUAGACCAACAAUGAGGCCAAUUCCAGUAAGUGGGCGUGUUCUGUAGCUGAGCGAUAGAUCAAAAGAACCAGUGAGCGACUUGACACUGAAUCGCUACCAACUGGGAGGGCGGGUUCCCCCGGUGAAGCGCUGGGAGGCGGGAAGAGGGGAAGUGGGCGGAUCUCCGCACACCCCGGCGGAAGAGGCAGAUUCAGGAAGCCAUUACGCAGCUGGCUGGCCGCGGCUGGGCAGGUCAGCGCUGGGCCCUACGCACUUUGCGUAACAAGGGGGGUUACCAAAGACCUGGAGCUUGGCCUUGGGCUAGCCCAGCCUAUCUCAUGUUGGAGGGUGGGUGAGGGGAGAGACUGAGGAAGAACAGAAGGGGAAUUGGACGGUUGAAGGGAUUAUAAUUUCUUCAGAAAGAAGGGGUAGGGAGAGGCCAUGGCCGUCCCAGCCAAGAAGAGGAAGAUGAACUUCUCCGAGCGAGAGGUGGAGAUCAUUGUGGAGGAGCUGGAACUGAAGAAGCACCUGCUGGUGAACCACUUCAACGCCGGGGUCCCUCUGGCUGCCAAGAGCGCGGCCUGGCAUAGCAUCCUGAGAAGGGUUAACGCUGUGGCCACCUGCCGCAGAGAGCUGCCUGAGGUCAAGAAGAAGUGGUCUGACCUUAAAACUGAGGUCCGCCGCAAGGUCGCCCAGGUCCGGGCGGCUGUGGAGGGUGGUGAGGCCCCAGGGCCCACUGAGGAAGAUGGAGCUGGUGGGCCAGGGACAGGUGGUAGCAGUAGUGGCGGUGGCCCGACUGUAGCCCCAGUACUGCUCACCCCCAUGCAACAGCGCAUCUGCAAUCUGCUGGGCGAGGCCACCAUCAUCAGCCUGCCCAGUACCACAGAGAUCCACCCCGUGGCCCUCGGACCCCCGGCUACUGCAGCCGCAGCCACGGUCACCCUGACACAGAUCCCCACAGAGACCACCUAUCACACACUGGAAGAGGGAGUGGUCGAGUACUGCACGGCGGAGGCCCCCCCACCCCUGCCGGCAGAGGCCCCCGUGGAGAUGAUCACCCAGCACGCUGACCCCUCAGUCAAGCCACAGGCUCUCAAGAGCCGCAUCGCCCUCAACUCAGCCAAGCUGAUCCAGGAGCAGCGCGUCACCAAUCUGCACGUGAAGGAGAUCGCCCAGCACCUGGAGCAGCAGAACGACCUGCUGCAGAUGAUCCGCCGCUCACAGGAGGUGCAGGCCUGCGCCCAGGAGCGCCAGGCCCAGGCCAUGGAGGGCACCCAGGCGGCCCUGAGUGUCCUUAUCCAGGUCCUCCGGCCCAUGAUCAAAGAUUUCCGCCGCUACCUGCAGAGUAACACACCCAGCCCUGCUCCUGCCUCAGACCCUGGACAGAUGGCCCAGAAUGGGCAGCCAGACAGCAUCAUCCAGUGAGGGCAGGCUUUGAGCCAGUCCUCUGCUCUGAUUGGAUGACAUGGCCGUGGUCUUGUAAGUGGGUUCUGUGACUGGCCUUUGGCUAGGGCCGGCCGCGUGGACAGCUCCCUCUUGAAUAGACAUUGAGGAGGUCCACUGUUUUCGAGAAAGAAAGGAGACUGGGAAGAGGAACUUGCUGGGACCCUGGGAUCCUGGGACCCAAGCCCUCUAACCCCCACCGUUCAGCUGCCUUGUCAAGAACCCGAAGACUAGUCAGGCGCUGGCGAUGGAACACGUGUUGUCGUGAGCCAGGGCUUGUGCCAUGACCCAGCCUCAGUCAGGACACUGGGAAGGAAGGCCCUCACUGGGGAAUCAUCACACAGCCACACAGCAAGGGGAGGGGUGUCUGUGCUGAAUGCCCAACCCUCAAGUGCCAUCUUCCAAGUAAGAUAACGUCAGCGGUGCUGGAAGUAGCAUGGUGGUAUCUCCUUCCUCCCGUGGGAGGCAGAGUGACUGGGCCUGAGGAGAAACCCGUCUCUUUUCCCCUCACUGCGCCUCCGUUCUCCGGGGACUCUGUUCAACAUCCGAGCCCUUUCCUCCUCACUCUGCGCACAGCAGGGGCCCUUAGUAGUGCUUGGGCUGCCUCUGUGAUACGCUGAGGAUAUGACUCCCUGGGUGCGGGAAUGCCGUGCGUGGUGGGGGAGGCUGGGCCACCACCUGAUCUUCCACUGCGUCCCCGUCGGCCCUUUAGUGGCUUGUCCCAUCAGCUUUUGACUCAGGUCAAGCAUCAGGCUUUGGGUGCUGUACAUUUUAGAGAAAGCAAGCCAGCGUGGACACGUGUUGCCCCACUGCAGUGGGUCUGUGGUGACCUGUCGGCUCCUUCCAGAAGCCUCGCUUCAAGCCAAUUGUAUUUAUUCUGUCCGUGAACCCCUCCUGGGAAGGCCUCCAGGUUCUCCGAGGGCCACUCUGGCCACGCCCUUCUUCCUUCUCUACUGAAUGCACAUUUCCAAAUCUGGGAAGAAAAGAAAAGAAAAAGCCUGCUCCGCAUCACACCCUGGACAAUGUUCACACAUUAUUUGGAGCCUUGAGUUCUGUAGAGAACCCUGCUGGCUGGCCGGGUGAAUCUGCAGGCCUGGCCGGCCCUGAAUGUCCUCGGUGGGAAUGUCGCCGACCUAAGAAUUGGGACCUUUGAUUUCUGUGCUGGGGGAGAGCACAGAGACCCUGGAGUCCUGAAAGAGGUGGUGGUCCCUGUUCUGUCCCAAUACUUUCUCCCGUUUGAGGGGAGUCUACCCAGAUGGCAUUGGUCUGUUCCAUUUUCAGAGCAAAAUAGGUUGACUCGAUUACCAAGACUCUUCCACCUUUCAGGUCAUUUCCCAAAUUUGCUGUCUUGCUGCUGGUGCCUUGACCACAUGUGACUGACUGAUGGUUACAGCUCAAGGCUCCAGAUCUCAGCUAAACAAAGAAGGUGCUGCCCUUCUGGGUACAUGCAUUUAGAACUCAGCUCCAUUACUGCACUUACGGAAAGGUGCCCCCAAAGACGGUUGGGAGGUGACUCCCGAGCCACCAAUCUCUCUGUGGAGGACAUGUGCAGGGCCAGCUACAGAGCCCUGGAGAGAAAGCAGGCCUGCGAGGGGGUCGGGUGGCCAAAGAAAGGCUCUUCUCAGCGUGGCUGGACAGCGGCAGCCCCCUGCAACCUGGGCACAUCUCCCUCCAAGGGCCGUGAUGGCUCCAGCAGCGUGGCUGCAGGCGCUUCCUGAGGAUUUUCGAUGUGAUUUGGUUUUUCUCUGGGGUUGGCGAUCUGAGCUGAUACGGUGUCUGUUCCGAUUGACUAUACAGAAGAAGGAAGCCUGGAUCACUUAAACUGGUUCUUUCCGGGUCAUAAUUUUAAAUUAAAGAAAUACCACUUUUUUAUACCCACGUCUGUGUCUUUAUUGGUUGUCUAUAGAAGAGAGACGGGUUGGCGGAAAGCAGGCGCUGGCACACCGCGGCCCACA